AUGGAAGAACAGGGCUGCGGCUCCCUCCCGGUCCCUAGUAUCCCCCAGAGCCCGCUCCGCAGUGCCUCCGAUGCUGGGAGCUCCCUGGGGCGCCUGUGUGUCGCCGCACAGCCGGGCGGGAUUCUGUACGCGCCGUCGGAAAAAGCAGCGGCCAAGAAACCUCAGGGAGGUUCGGGGAGGGUGCUCUGCGGUGUCGAAGCGGUGUGCCCCGCCUCGGGGAACUGUGUGGGGGGCGGUGUUUGCAAACACCACGCCAAGAAGCGGCGCGGAUGGGGCAGCAGUGGGAGUUGUCAAGGCUCAGCCUCACUCCCAGGUUUUCUAGUGGCACCCACGCAGGAGCAACCCACAGCUUGUGGGUUUCUCUGCUGCCAGCUCAGCAGAGGCUAUGGCAGCCCAGUCCACUGGCUUGCUGGCCCUGCCUGCCCUCAAGCACCCACAUCUGCUGGAGACACGAAUAAGAUUGAAAAAAGACGCUCCACUGCACAAAAGUGUGAAACGCUGUGUUCAAGAUGGUGCCUUAUAACUUCACAUAGACUGUAUUCGUCUGUGUAUGAUCCAAACGAAAAGACUUUUGAAAAACUCCUUAUUGCCAACAGAGGAGAGAUUGCAUGCCGAGUCAUCAAAACGUGUAAGAGGAUGGGGAUUAAAACAGUUGCCAUACACAGUGAUGUUGAUGCCAAUGCUGUUCAUGUGAAAAUGGCGGAUGAAUCUGUCUGUGUUGGCCCAGCUCCCACCAGCAAAAGCUACCUCAACAUGGAUGCCAUCAUGGAAGUCAUUAGGAAAACCAGGGCCCAAGCUGUACACCCAGGAUAUGGAUUUCUUUCAGAAAAUAAGGAAUUUGCUAGACGUUUGGCAUCGCAAGGUGUCACCUUCAUUGGACCUGACACACAUGCUAUUCAAGCUAUGGGAGACAAGAUUGAAAGCAAAUUGUUAGCCAAGAAUGCAAAGGUCAACACGAUCCCUGGCUUUGAUGGAGUAGUCAAGGAUGCAGAUGAAGCUGUCAGAAUUGCAAGGGAAAUUGGCUACCCUGUCAUGAUCAAGGCCUCAGCAGGUGGUGGUGGGAAAGGCAUGAGAAUCGCUUGGGAUGAUGAAGAGACCAGGGAAGGUUUUAGGUUUUCAUCUCAAGAAGCUGCUUCAAGUUUUGGUGAUGAUCGCUUGCUGAUAGAAAAGUUCAUUGAUAACCCUCGUCACAUAGAAAUCCAGAUUUUGGCAGAUAAGCAUGGUAAUGCCUUGUGGUUGAAUGAAAGAGAAUGCUCCAUUCAAAGGAGAAACCAGAAAGUUGUGGAGGAAGCACCAAGCACUUUUCUAGACCCUGAAACUCGAAGAGCAAUGGGAGAACAAGCAGUAGCUCUUGCCAAAGCAGUAAAGUAUUCCUCUGCUGGAACAGUAGAAUUCCUUGUGGACUCCAGUAAGAAUUUCUACUUCUUGGAAAUGAAUACUAGACUUCAGGUUGAACAUCCCGUCACAGAAUGCAUUACCGGCCUGGACUUAGUCCAAGAAAUGAUCCGUGUUGCUAAGGGUUACCCUCUCAGGCACAAACAGGCUGAUAUUCCCAUCAACGGCUGGGCGGUUGAAUGUCGAGUUUAUGCUGAGGACCCCUACAAAUCUUUUGGUCUGCCAUCCAUUGGUAAACUGUCUCAGUAUCAGGAACCAUUGCAUGUGCCAAGUGUACGUGUUGACAGUGGAAUACAACAAGGAAGUGAUAUUAGCAUUUAUUAUGAUCCCAUGAUCUCAAAACUGAUUACCUAUGGCUCUAAUAGAGCUGAAGCACUGAAAAGAAUGGAAGAGGCUUUGGACAAUUACGUAAUUCGAGGUGUGGCUCACAAUAUUUCUUUACUGCGAGAAGUGAUCAUCCAUCCACGCUUUGUUCAAGGAGACAUCAGCACUAAAUUCCUUCCUGAAGUCUAUCCUGAUGGUUUUAAAGGACACAAGUUGACAGAUCUUGAAAGAAGAGAACUGCUGGCAACAGCAGCAUCUUUGUAUGUGACUGAACAACUGAGAUCACAGAGAUUUCUGGGAACUCCAAGAAUUCCUAUUGCUAAAUCAAAGAGAAGGAGCUGGGAGCUCUCUGUGCGUCUAGGAGAUGGAAUUUACCCAGUUGCGGUUUCAAAGGAUGGCUCAUCAUUUUCUGUGGAAGUUGAUGGGAUGAAACUAAAUGUGACCAGCGAGUGGAACCUGGCUUCACCCUUGUUGUCUGUCACCAUUGAUGGCGCUCAGAGGACUAUACAGCGCAUUUCUCGGAAUGCCUCUGGAGAGACAAGCAUUCAGUUUCUAGGCACAGUGUACAAAUUACAAAUACUGACGAAGGUUGCUGCGGAGCUGAGCAAGUACAUGCCAGAGAAAGCAGAAGAGGACACCUCCAGCAUUUUGAGGUCUCCUAUGCCUGGAACAGUGGUGGCAGUUUCUGUCAAGCCCGAGGACACGGUUUCGGAAGGUCAAGAGAUUUGUGUAAUUGAAGCAAUGAAAAUGCAGAACAGUAUGAUUGCUGCUAAAACAGGCAAGGUGAAAACUGUGCACUGCAAAGCUGGUGAUACUGUUGGAGAAGGAGAUCUGCUGGUGGAACUGGAAUGAAAGGUUGCCUCCAUGCUGUUGAAUUAACUAAGCCUUUAUUAUUUUCAUCCAUAAAGUAACAUUAAGGCAGUUCAACACAGAAAAUGGACAGUACUACGUGCAAGAUUUUAUGCAGGCAUAUUUACUGUAUCAGUGGUUAAGACAGCAAACACAGAUGUUAAAUCUUGGCAAUGGAUCCCAGAUUUUUACUUUCAGAAAUACUUGUACAUAACCUUUGUAAUGCUUUGAUUUUUCAGGAUCAAAUAAAAUCAAUAAAAUACCAUUUCUGCUUUAAAA